CGAUGCGCGUGGUAGUGAUCGGAGCGGGCGUCAUCGGGCUGUCCACCGCCUUCUGCAUCCACGAGCGCUACCACUCGGUCCUGCAGUCGCUGGACGUGAAGGUCUACGCAGAACGCUUCACCCCGCUCACCAACACUGAUGUGGCUGCCGGCCUCUGGCAGCCCUACCUCUCCGAGCCCAGCAACCCACAGGAAGCGCGCUGGAACCAGCAGACCUUCAACUAUCUCCUGAGCCACAUUGGUUCUCCCAACGCUGCAGACAUGGGCCUGGCCCCACUCUCAGGCUACAACCUCUUCCGUGAAGCCGUUCCGGACCCUUACUGGAAGGAUGUAGUUCUGGGAUUUCGGAAGCUGACCCCGAGAGAGCUGGACAUGUUUCCCGAUUACAGCUAUGGCUGGUUCAACACAAGCCUGAUUCUGGAGGGAAGGAAGCAUCUUCAGUGGCUGACUGAAAGGUUAACUGAGAGAGGAGUGAAAUUCCUCCUAAGGAAGGUGGAGUCUUUUGAGGAGGUGGCAAGAGGAGACGCUGACGUGAUUAUCAACUGCACUGGGGUAUGGGCUGGGGCUUUGCAACCAGAUCCCCUGCUGCAGCCAGGCCGGGGGCAGAUCAUUAAGGUGGCUGCCCCAUGGAUUAAGCACUUCAUUAUCACCCAUGACCCAGAGAGAGGCAUCUAUAAGUCCCCAUACAUCAUCCCAGGGAUCCAGGCAGUGACUCUUGGAGGCAUCUUCCAGCUGGGGAACUGGAGUGAGACAAACAAUAUCCAGGACCACAACACCAUUUGGGAAGGCUGCUGCAGACUGGAGCCCACACUGAAGGAUGCAAAAAUCGUUAGUGAAUGCACUGGCUUCCGGCCAGUGCGCCCCCAGGUUCGACUAGAAAGAGAACAGCUUCCCGUUGGAUCUUCAAACACAGAGGUCAUCCACAACUAUGGCCACGGAGGCUAUGGGCUCACCAUCCACUGGGGCUGUGCCCUGGAGGUGGCCAAGAUCUUUGGGAAAAUCCUGGAAGAAAGGAAUUUGCUCAGGAUGCCACCAUCCCACCUGUGAAGAUGCCAGUGACCUCCGCCUCCCCCACAAAAACUCCCUGCUCCCCUCA